AUGGUAUACACCCAGCCAUUCAACUACCUCCACCUGCAUCAACCUUACUGCGAAGGCCCGCCAGCAUCUCCCCUUAGUGCCAAAGUGCAGUGGGUGGUGCUGAUCCAAGAGGUGUUCUCAAUGAUCAAGCAUACUCUGGGAUGUGCCAUCCUUGGACUGGUAAACCCCAGGUGGGUGGCCCACCUGAAGAGACUGCACAAGCGGGCAUUUGCUGUUGCCCAUCACAAUCUCUCCACCGCACCUUCUGCUGAACUCUGGCAAACAUAUGCACACCUCAAUGCUGCUUGGUGCAUGAAGAUUGAGUGGGAACUGUUCCAGCAUCCCAUGACCUUUGAAGAGGCCGAGCAGGUCUGGUUGGUUGCUGAGUUCAAGGUGGCCCAGACACAUGUCAGAGUGCUGAGGGUGAAUGCAGCACUCGGACUGAGUGCAGCAUUCCCCAUGGCACAAGCAAGUACCUCCCAACCCAACAUGAUGCCAGCAGCAGCGUUCCAUGACUAUCCAGGAUAUGCACCUGGUGCAGAGUCACUUCCCAUCCCCUCAAAGCUAGGGGCCAACAUGACAACCAAGUCAAUGGCUGCUUCUCUCCCAUCCGAGAAGCUGCUUAUGGCCCCACCCAGCAUUCAUCAAGAAGUAUGCUGA